AGCCCCAAUGUCCGCCGGCAGUGGGGAUGUGUUUCAGCGGACCAGGACUCUGUCAGUGUCUAAUUCUGCAGCGAUGCGAAUGAAUGCCGCGAGCAAUGCCUCGAAUUUCGGUCGUUCGAGCUCCUUUCGAGUGGCCAGACCCACGUCCACAACCGCCGAAUACUGUAAGCACAUGAAGUAUUGCUGCCUCCACCAGAACCAGACACACAGAAGCUUUCACGCUGGCCGAACUAUGCCGGCUCACGUGGACUUUGGAGGUCUCACGAGCACCUCGAGUGACGAGGAGAAAUUCACCGGCACAGGAAAGAAGCUGCCAAAGCUCUACGGUAAUAUCCAGACAGGCGCGCAAGAGGCCAGUGUGAAGAGGAGCGCUCCACUUUACGAGAGCUGCGAUGAGUCCGAGGCCAUGAGCAGCACAUGCUCCUCUAGCAACAACAACAGCAGCAUCCCUGGCGGCUAUUCCGCAUCCGCUCGGCCCAGUCCAAUGAGUGGCGGACCUCACGGACGCGGGAGCGUCACCCGCGCCACUUCCGGUCUUCCGCCCACGCCAAUGUCGGACUCCAGUCACUUUCUCCUGCCGACGCCGCAGCAAGGCACGCCAGGAACUCCCACGUCCAGCGCCACGACACCCUCGGCUUCGCCAGGAAUUCUGCCCGGGCCACCCGCGAGCGGAAGUGCUAUCAACUCUCCAGGCAAAACGUUGGUUGAGAAGAACAACUACAAAGCGCCGGACAUCAAAUCACAGAAAUCACCAGUAUUCAAUCGGAGACGCUCCUCGUCUGUCACCCUGGCUCAGCCCACCACGGAUCUGCACAGGUUCAGCAGCGUUCGCGGCACUGAAGACGUGUCGGCGUGGCGGGGCGACUCGGGCGGCGGAAGUGGAAAUACCACAGGAUAUUCACGGGAGCGCUACUGCAAGUCACCAGUUAACAGACCACCACCAGAUUGUGCCACCCCCAGUUCUUCGCAGCGCCCCGCGAAGCAGAAGCAGAGAAUGCGGACGGCGAGUAUGCCAGCGGAAAAUAGGAAACCCCGAUUGUCGGAACUCCGCCGCUCAGCCAUUCACUGUGCCGACGUGGACAUUGAAUACUACCGACUGAGGAGUUUCAGCAUCACAUCCCAUGGAAUUUGUAACUUGGGUGACUCAAUGAGGAGUCGCAGAUCUCGCUCCAUAAACUCUGUCACCUCGUCCAACAGCGGCCGGGAUCGACACAACAGCAAUGCUUCGCAGACGACGACCAACGACCUAGCCAUGGACACGGAGCAGGGCGACGGGGGCGCGGCCUACAAGGUGGCAAUGCUGGGCGCCUCGGGUGUUGGCAAGACAGCCCUCACGUACCAGUUCACCACCUCUGAGUACAUUUGCGCGUACGACCUCAGCUUGGACGAUGACUAUGGGCAGAAGACGGUCUCGGUGCUGCUGGACGGACAGGAGACCGACUUGGAAAUCAUUGACCAUCCAGCCUGUGAAAUGUCUACGGAGGCCUUUUGUGCAACUUACAACAUUGAUAUCUUCGUGGUUGUGUACUCGGUGGUGGACAGGAAGACCUUCAAGGCGGCAGAAAAAGUGCUGCACUACUUGAGGGACAACGAGAUGCUGCUCACGCGUGGAGCCAUUCUUGUGGGAAACAAGACGGACUUGGAGAGGCACAGAGAAGUGCCCACGCAAGGCGGAAGGCGUUUGGCCAAGGACGUCAGCUGUAAAUUCAUUGAGACGUCCAGCGGACUGGAUCACAACGUGGAUGAGCUGCUGGUGGGCAUCGUGGCGCAGGUGAAGCUGAAUCCGCAGCGUUUGUGCAAUUUGACUGAGCAACAGAGACAGGGAUUGCGACUGACUGGAGGCCCUGGAGGAUCGGGUUUUGGUGGCAAAUCAAAGGAAGAGGACUCGCCAUCCAAGAAAGCUGCCCGGAAGCGACAAGGUGCACACUCUAGCGGACCUCUGAAUGCCAUGGAUCUGCACACCUUGAAGAACUCCUUUGAGAACAAAGAGAACAUCCCCAGGAGGACACGGAAUCGCCAGCGACAGCACACGCCGCAGAAGAGUGGUCUCAAUGAGGAGGACGAGGAUAACAAGUCCACCAGUUCAAGUGUCUCCUCCUCGUCCAGCUCUUCCACGCUAGACGAAAAUGAGAUGAACCUCCUGUCGCACGGCUCCACGAGCUGCUCAUCCGGCACUCCCACCAAGCAUCCUUCCAACUCACACGAGAGCUCCAAGUCGGGGAAGAAGAAGAACCUGGCGGCCGAGAAGGCCGUGGCCAGAUUCUCCAAUCGCACAAAACUCUUCCUGACGUCCUUCUUGAAAUUCAAGAAGAACCUCCGCGUGAAGCGAAGGAACUCCAACAGCUGCAGCGAUUUGUUCGUCAUUUAAGUCAGAGAUGUAAGCCGUGGCGGCCAAAUGAGGCGACAAAGAAUGGCUAUGAGCAAAUUCAAGACAUUCUUGAGCAGUAGAUAAAUUCACAUCUGGAGAACAUUUUGGAAACGGUUUCAAAAUUUUACCACGUCAUAAAUGUAAAUUGGAAAUAUUUUUAUAUUAUAAUAAAGAAAAAAAUAAUGAAAUUCUCUUAAAUGAGCAGAACCAAAACACACUAAUAUAAACGAUUUAUGACACUUUUCAAAUGAAUUUCUUCACCCGUGAAUAAGGACCAAAAAAAACGUCAACGGGUUAAAUUUGUAUGACUAAAAAUUUACACUAAUUUCCGAAAAAUAGCCUUCAAAUAGAUAAUGUCGCCACGUCCGCACACGGCUUACAAAUCCGUCACACUCAUCAAGAAGCAGUAAAAAUCAAAGGGCAAAGAACCAAUAAAAAAAAUUUCAUCAAAAACAACCCGAAUCAAAAGUUUGGGGAUAUUUUAUCACCGUGUUUUUCCCCAUCCACACAUUAAUGGUUUCAUUGCAAUGAGAAUUCUUUCUUCCAAUUGUUUAAUCUCUCCAAGUUUAUUCUGAUGAAGAAUUAUAUAGUAAAAACGUGACCAAACUUAAGCAAAAAAAAA